CACUUGAUGACAAAACAAUAUCUGAACAGCUUGAACAAUUCAUAGUUGAAGUUCGUAAGUCAAAUGGUCAAGAAUAUAAAGCCUCUUCACUUUAUACUGGCUUUUGCGCAAUUGCACGGGGAAUUUCUGAAGCUUUUGAAAAUAUAAGAGCCAUUAAUUUAUUUGAUAAGCAUAAAUUUAAAAUUUUGCAUAGAACAUUGGAUGGUCGAAAAGGAUCACACGAUACAAUGAUGCAUUCAAUGUGUAAAGAUGCAAAAUUGGAUUUUAAAGGUCAUACGAUUACGAAUCAUUCAAUGUGUUCAACAGGUAUUCAUAGUCUUGUAGAAUCUGGUGUAACGCUUGAUGAGCAGAUGAUUUUUUCUCGACAUAAAACUAUCGCUGGUGUAUCUGCUUAUCAACAUCAAUCUCUAAAGCGCAAGCUGGACAAUGUAUCUUAUUUAAUUCCAAUUGAAGAAGCGGAACCCCCUGCAAUGAAAGACUCAACGUCAAUCCAUAAUAAUCAAAUCGGAUUUUCUAAGGCAACAGAUUUAAUUCCAAUUAAGCGAAGUAAAACAUCUAACGCACUUGAAGAUGAAACAGAUAAUCAAAAAUCAGUCGUCCCAAAAAUUUCUAUCGAAAAUUGCAGCAACAUAAGCAUUAACAUUACAUUCAAUAAU